GUCUCGCUGAGUGCCGGACCACGAGCGACGGGACAACCAAGCCGCAGCCCAUCACCGACGACCUUUCAAGAGAGCUGUCGCGGAGGACGAGCCAUGCACGGUGUCGGCAGUGCGGAAUUGAACUGGUCGAAGAAGCGCGUUUCACACGUGAGGAAAUAUGCAAAUGUGGCGAUGGACAGCGGCCGCGCUGUCGCCGCUCAACGCCAUGGAGUGGCAAAUGAGCCGCGUGGUGUCGAUCCAAGCUCGCGUCCAGCGCGAUAAACCUGUGUGGGACACGAUUCAUCGUGUGUUUGUGUCGUCUGUCGGGACGACGUUUGACGACCGAUAUGCGGCGACUCUCGACACGGUCAACCUGGCGUCCGUCGAGGGAGUCCUCAAGUAUGUUCAAAGCGAAGGGAUCAACCAACACAUGCUCAAUCCAGCGUCAUGUGAGCGCAAAAACAACAUGCAGUUCAUCGUGCUGUACGAAAUCACGCUGGUCCAGCCGACGACGGCCCUCGCCGUGUUUCAAACCGACGGGAAUCUCGUCCCCGAGUACGGGCCAUUCGUCGCCAUGGACGGUGGCAUGUGCACAUCGGUCGUGGCUCACGCGACGGUGCUCCCCGACGACUGCAUUCGGAUGUUUGGAUCGGCUACGCUUCCGGCCGUGGGGCCGUACGUCGGUGCCGGGACGCGGAGCGAGGACCCGCGGGCGCCGUACCCGAACACGAUAUGGUUUUCCUAUCCAAACAGCUGUGUCAUGCAGCCGUGGGCCAGCAAGACACCGGUGUGCCGGAACGCCUUUCGUGCAGGACUUUGUCCAUUUGGAGUGGCCCCGAACGGCAUCAACUGCACGUUUGCGUACACCGUUUUGGGCUUCCUGCGCCUCGACGACCUCGUGGGCAUUACGAAUCUCACGCACAGCCUCACGCGGCAGCCGUACUCGUCGUAUUUUGAGUUUUGCAAGGAUACGCGCGGGCAGUACCAAGGCGUCGAGUUCAAGGCCCCUGACGGCGUGUACGACAACAAGGCGGUGACGUCGUUGCCAUUCUGGAGCGAGCCAUACAACCCCGAUGCCAACCGAAAGCGAGCCGAGGCAGUGGUUGACAUGUACAACGCGAGAAUCGGAACAAUAGGGGCGGAGCAUAUGCGCGCGUUGCCGGCCGUGGCGGCGCUGCACAAUCCUCCGUGCUACGUCAAUGCCAAGCAGUGCGCUGACGCGCCUUUUGGGUGUAAGCGCCACUUGCUGGCACAAGUGUGUCAAGUGUGUGGUGGGCCAGACGCCGCGUGCGUGAAGGCUCCGCCAGGAUAUCACUUCCCGACCCUGAGCGUGCCAACGCUAGCACCCGCUCCCCGCGUCGAGCCAAACGUAUCGAAUGCAGUAGAUGUUCACGGACUGCCUUCGCUGGCCCAGCCAUCGGGAGGAAUGGCGAGCUUUAGCGCGAUUUGGAGUGGUUGGCUAGGGCUGGCGAGUCUGGCCGUAGCUGGCGCCACAUGGCCCUGA